AUGAUCAGACCCCAUAACAAAUGGGACGAUUUUAUCAUUCCGGGUCUGACUGAGAUAAUACAGGGCGAAGUUCUUGUACCAUUUAUGAAUGUCAGUGACCAGCGUAUCGUACUAGACAGUGAGUCGAUAUGCGACCUUCAACCUUGUGAAAUAGCAGAUGCUUCUUACACUUUCGCGACCUUGGGUAGCACAUGGCCGGGUCGUAGUGAGGAAUGUCUAAGUAGACUCCUCCGGACAGCUGGUGGGUCUACCCCUGUUACUUAUCAGAAUAUUGUCAAGGAAAUCGGAGAAGGUUAUCAAGAUGUGAUCGCGAUUGGUGACGAAACCCUAGGCAGAGUAAAUAGUUUUCCUUUUGUUAUAGAAACCGGGGGUCAUCCACCCAUAAGAUCUAAGCCUUAUAGAUUACCAGUUUGUUAUCAGCGGGAAGUGGAGAACGAGAUUAAUAAAUUAAAGGAACAAGGGACAAUUAGAGAAAGUGAAUCCCCCUGGGCCUCGCCAAUCGUCAUGGUUAAAAAGAAGGAUGGUUGUCUUAGGCUAUGUGUUGAUUAUAGAAAGUUGAAUAGUAUCACAAAAGACAAUGCGUUACCUCCCUUUUGGGGUAAAGAACGCUCCUGCUAA